UACUACUACUACUAUUAAAAAAAAAAAAGGUUCAACAAAAACAUGAUUGGGGUAGAGUGCCCCCCAUUCCCUUUCAACACCAAAAAUCAUUAUAAAUUUAUCCAAUUCUUUCUUCUUCUUCUCUUUCUCAGUCAUACUGAAACCGAUAGAAAUUCAUAAACUAAUGACCCCAACCCGAAAAAACAAAGCGUAAAGUUACAUUGGUGAUAUAAGCAAAGCCCAGCAUCAUCGUUUGAAUCCACGUCUGAUGCACAUCCAAAUCUGAAUCCCCCACCAAAAAAAGGGAAAAAAAAAAAAAAAAACUAUGAUCAGUAAAUUCAGUAGUUGUAGACUUCACCAAUCCCUUUUCUUUUUUAUUAUUAUUCUUUUUCUUUAAUUGAUUUUUAGCUUUUCGCUAUCAUUGGCUUUCAGUUUUCAUGCAAAAACAAAUAGCAGAGGAAAGAAAACAGCAGGCCAGGCCAGUUUCCACAAUACUUACAUUACAUUCGUUACUUCCAACCAUGACCCUUUCCUUUAUUUAACUGGGUUGAAUUAGGAAUACCCAUCUUUUUUUUCUUAAAAAUCUUUUCUUUUUCUUUUCUGGGUCAUGAUGUAAUAAUUUUUUUUAAAAGGAUUAGAAUCUGAAUCCAACUGCAUAUUCCUUAUAAUUUAAGUAUUUGGUGAGGUUGUGGUGGAGGAGGAGAUUCUUGUUCUACUUUGGAUUGAUUCUGAUAUGCCCAGAAUAAUAAUCAUAAUUGAUAAAAAACCAGAGUAAUAAAGUAGUGGGUGGGUAGGAUUUUGGAUUAUGACGAAGAUGAUAAUUGAUGAUGACACGGAGAGUUCUAGCAGCAGAGCAUCAGAGUUUUCGCCGAGCCCCGGCCGCAGGCGGCGGCUUAAGGUGGAAGAAGUAUACCGUGACGUCCUCCAACGGCUCCAAGAAUCCGAAAUUGAAGAAGCUUACCGACCCGAUUUCAGUGACGAGCUUUGGAAUCACUUCCAACGCCUUCCCCUCCGGUAUGCUUUAGAUGUUAAUAUUGAGAAGGCGCAAGAUGUUCUAAUGCACAAGAAAUUGCUUGAUUUGGCUCGUGAUCCCAAGACCAGGCCAGCAUUUGAAGUUCGCUUUGUGCAGGCGCAUCCAUUCGAUGGGAAUGCUGAUGAUACAGUACAUUCGAGCUUAGUUGAUAUAAGGGACGAUGAAAAUUACAGACUUCAUCCUCCGCCGACUUUCAAUGCGCUAUCUACUUCCGAACUUAAAUCCAAAGAAAACAAACUACUUCUCCUACAUAGUAAUAAUUCUGUGAGUGGAAAAUCACAAUUAUCUCGCCCUUUGCAUGAAGUUACAAUCUCUACAAAUGACAAGCCAAAACUUCUCACUCGUUUAACUGCCUUGCUGUCUGAGGUCGGUUUGAAUAUUCAAGAAGCUCAUGCAUUUUCCACUUCAGAUGGUUACUCCUUGGAUGUCUUUCUUGUUGAUGGUUGGACUGAUGAGGAAACUGAUCAGCUCAUUAACGUAUUGGAGAAGGAGAUCCCAAAGAUUGAGUUGGAACAGAUUAAUACUGAAGCUCCCCCAGGGCAAAGUGGCACCGAAGGGUGUGGUGACUGGGAAAUAGAUUCUAAGCUGGUCAAAACUAAGCAAAAAAUUGCCACAGGAUCAAAUGGAGAUCUAUACAAAGGGACCUAUUGCGGUCAGGAUGUUGCUGUGAAGGUUCUCAAUACUGAGAACUUGAAUGAUAAAAUUCAAAAGGAAUUUGCUCAAGAAGUCUACAUAUUGAGGAAAGUUCGGCACAAGAAUGUGGUGCAGUUUAUUGGUGCGUGUACCAGACCUCCACGCUUAUGCAUUGUAACUGAAUAUAUGCGCGGCGGGAGCAUCUAUGAUUAUUUGCGUAAGCAGAAGGGUGUUCUCAAGCUUCCUGCUGUAUUGAAAGUAGCCCUUGAUGUUGCCAGGGGAAUGAGCUAUUUGCACCAGAACAAUAUAGUCCACCGCGAUUUAAAAACGGCCAAUCUUCUUAUGGAUGAAAAUGGUGUAAGGCUAAAUAUCUUGAGUGUUAAAAAUUUCUCUGAUGGUUCUUACAUUUUUAUUGCAAUAACAGUCAUUCCUUGUCUAAAUUGUGUAAAAUGUUUUGUUUUACUUGUUUUCUUUCCCUUGAAGUAGGGGCUGAGCCAGAAAUGAUGAGUAGGUUUUAUUCUUUAGCUUAAAAAUAAUACAUAAUUCAAAUUUUCCAUAUAUCAAUGGUAGUUUAAAAAUUUUGUGGUUGUGGCCAUUGGCCCGCUCUAGCAUUGAACCGCUGCCUGCAUUGAAGUGUCUAUUAUACCGGACAUGGUUUUUUUCUUCUCUCAGUUUGCUUUUCAAAUAAUGGAAUGUGUUGCAUUUCUGUGAGAUUGCAUCCAUCCUUCACUUGAAUGUUUCCACUUUAUCUACAUCUUAAUUAAUUAUGAGUGUGUAUUUUUAAGCUGACAGGUAGUGAAGGUUGCAGAUUUUGGAGUAGCUAAAGUGCAAGUUCAAUCUGGAGUCAUGACUGCAGAGACAGGAACAUAUCGCUGGAUGGCUCCUGAGGUUUUAUCCUUGACAUUCUUCACAUAGUCAUCGUAAAUGCACCCAUUCUAAUUCUGGCUGCUUAUGAUACAUGUUCUUGACUGCUUGAAGGUGAUUGAACACAAGCCCUACAAUCAUAAGGUUGAUGUUUUCAGCUAUAGUAUAGUUCUCUGGGAACUUCUUACUGGAAAGGUAUUUAACCUGCAUGUAUACUUCACCACUUUUGGUCAUUUUGUCAAUAAUUCAUUUUUUUUUAAUAUAGAUUUAAUCAUUGUCAAUUCCAAAUAAUAAUUCGGAUACGUGCUGAAAAACAAUUUAAAAGUUUAUAACGAGUUUCUACGAUUCGUACAUGCCAGCUUCCUUACGAGCAUAUGUCUCCAUUACAAGCAGCAGUGGGUGUAGUUCAGCAGGUAUGUGGUUCUUUUUUUUUUCUUUUGGUCCAUUACCCUGCAUUGCUUAUAAAUCUUAGUUACUGUUAUUUUUAUAACAUAACAAAAGCAUUUUACGGUGUUGGUUCGCCUUUUCUUUAUGUGGCUCUGUCCUGCACAUUCUUAGUUAAUGUAGUAAUACGACCUGGCUGUCACCUCCAGCUAUUGCUGUGUUUCAUUCUUCUUACGUCUUCGAGAGAACUCUUGAUACCCGAACUGUUUGGAGCCUUGGAUUUUCCAGCUUUUUGAAAAAGAAAAAAUGUCCAAUCGAUCUCAAAGCAAGCACAACUGUUGGAAACAAUCACUGCAAAUGAAUUUCAUUUGAUCCUUCUCCUAGAAUUACAAUUGUAUCAUUAAAAGUUUGUUCCACUGCUGCUAAUUUCUAGGGUCUGAGACCUGACAUACCAAACCACGUUGAUCCAUUGGUGGUUGAAUUACUUGAGAGAUGCUGGCAUCAAGAUCCAAAUCAGAGACCUGAAUUUUCUGAGAUUAUUGAGAUCUUGCAACACAUACCAAUAAGGGUACGCAACUUAAAUCCUCAACGCCUAAUACAUUGUUGGUAUGGUGAAAUCUUCUGCUAGGGUCGAAAUUGGUCCGUUUGUCAUAUUUAUGGUUUAAAUGGGAUCAAUUUUCAUGUAGCAAUGUCAAUAUUGCUUUCAAUAGAUGAACGGGUUUACCGGUCACACUUUUGGUUGUAUUCGUGUUAUCUUCUCUGAUAUAAACAGGUCAUAUUUCUAGGGUAUUACUACAGAAGUGUAGUUUAUUUGAUUGUGUCAAAUUAUCACACCUUCGUGGAAUCUUUACUCAUGAAAAUUGCAGCACGAAGAAAGGACUAGCAAAAGGAGAAGCAUUCGAGGACAACCCUUACAGCUCAUCGAUGCAUUGCCUGCACACAGGGAAGAAGCUGAAAAUACUGCAUGACUUGUAUAGGAAAAAUUUACCUGGCAAACAAAGACAUUUCCUACUACCCUUCAACAACCCCAAGUCAGAAGGAUUUUGGCACAUUAACAUUGUACAAAAAGUAGCUUCAUAGUGGUUGAAGGAAGGAGGGAAUUGGGUAACUCAUCUCAUGUUCAUGCCUUCAUGGGUUUGAAAAGCCCAUGUUUCAUGGACCAACUAGAUAAAAGCUUUUUGUGUCUUUAAUUUCAUUUCUUUCUUUUCCUUUAGGCUUUGUUGGCCGUUUGUUUCUAGUAGCUUAUGUAAUAGUUUUGUACAGUUAGUCCAUCUUCAUUUGGUAGGCGUGAGGCUUCUUAGCGUGUAAUAGUUUGAGGAUCUUAGAUUGGAAUUGAGAUUGGGCUUAAGGAUGGAUGUCCCCGUACAGAGAUGGUAGGCCCAAACAUGGGACCAAGUAUAUGUGGAUAGGAUCACUUUCCCACUCAUCAAAGUUAAUGUACUUUUGUAGUCCAAGCUUUACGCUUCCCCAGUAUGUAUAAAAAAAAAAUAAAAAUCAAAGGUGUUUGCUUAUUUUGAACAAGGACGGUAUCUAGUUCGCAUAUGAUAAGCCUAAUUUUUAUUGUUAUGAUCG